UUUAUAAACAAAACAAAAGCAAAUUAAAAAACAAAGAGAAGAGCCCAAAAUGGUGAAAGUGAACUGUUUUUAUUGGGCAUGCCUUGUACUGAAGCUAAGCAAUAACAACACGCAUCACGCAUAUACUAGAUCUAGACCACAGAAUUAUUUAUUCAUCUAGCUGUCACAAUUAUCAUAAUUGAUGUGCCCGGUGUUCGCGUGAAUCAGCUGUAGCCAGCUGUACAACAGACUUGAACCAUGUAAAUAUCAACAUUGCAUCGCAUCAACACGCACCGUAUCGCUUACCGAUGGUACAUGCAUUGAGUACGUGUAGAAUCGAAGCAUCUGCACGUUCGUCGUAUGAAGAUAGUGAACUAGUACUACUUAGUGUAUCAUCAUUUGGACUGGAUAUUUUACUUUACAUGAUUUGGAAAUCUACAUGCAACAUGAGGAUUGGUGAUUGUUAGAUGAUGCUAUUGGUGGUAAAAUGAAGGAGUAUGGUGACAGACUGAGUGAUGAAAUCAAGAUGAACAAGCGAGUGGUACUUGCAUCAAGGCCGGGAAUCAAUACAAAGCCUACAGUGGACCAUUUUGAGGUAGAAGAGUGCCCUGUUCCUGAGAUCAAAGAUGGUACUAUCAUUGUCAAAACGCUCUGCCUGUCAGUAGAUCCUUACAUGCGCUGUCGCAUGAACUUGGAUACUGGAACAGACUACAUGUCACCAUGGCGAUUACAUCAGACCAUUGAUGGAGGAGGGGUAGGCAUCAUCGUGGAGAGCCAGUGUAGAGGAUUCAGGAGGGGUGAAAUUCUGGAAAGUUUUCACUGGCCAUGGCAGGUGUAUGCCCUUAUGGAGUUGCGGGGAGUCAACUGCUUGCUAGUAAAGAAGGUUGACCCCGCCCUGAUCGAGAGACACUUCUCCCUCAUCUGUGGUCUCUUUGGUCUUCCUGGUCAAGCAGCGUACAUCGGUAUCAGGGAAAAGGGUCAUGUGAUCCCAGAAGCCAGUCAGUCGUUUGUUGUGAGUGCCGCAGCAGGGGCUUGUGGAUCACUUGCUGGUCAGAUUGCCCGUCUCCAGGGCUGCAGUCCCGUGGUUGGUAUCUGUGGCUCCGAUACCAAGUGCUCCUUCCUCCAGGAGGAGCUAAGCUUCCAUCAUGCCAUCAACUACCGCACCCAAGAUGUCUUCCUGAGGAUCAAGGAGUGCUGCCCAGAGGGCGUCGACAUCUACUUUGACAAUGUGGGCGGAGACAUCAGUAAUUCUGUCAUUAAGCAGAUGAACGAGAACUCCCAUAUCAUCCUGUGUGGUCAGAUAUCCAUGUAUAACACCAAUGUGCCCUACCCGCCAUCACUCCCUGAGGAGAUCGAGCAGAUUCGGGAGGAGAGGAACAUCACAAGAGAUCGCUUCUUGGUCCUCAACUACGUGGAAGAGUUCCCUGCUGCCAUAGCUCAGCUUGCAGCAUGGUGGAAGGAGGGAAAGUUAAAAUAUAAAGAGACAGUGACACAUGGUCUUGAGAAUGCUCCAUUGGCGUUUGUUUCCAUGAUGAAUGGAGGGAAUAUUGGCAAGCAGAUCAUCCAUGUGGCAGAACCAUGAAACCUUUGCAAAAGUAUCUAUCUACGCAUAUAUCAUUUAAAAGGCUGAAUACAAACUUUAUAUCAUGUGCUAGGUAUGAGUCCGUGAUCUUAUUUAACAUGAUCAAAAACUGUUUUAAUAAUUUUAUUCUAUUGAGAAAUUGUAAUGCCUUGUUGUAAACUUUUGGUUGGAUUGGUGCAGAGGCUGUAACCCUUGUUUGUUUGUUUGUUUACUUGAUUUUGUGUCAAUUAUGAGGACAUUUUUUAAAAUUUGCUUUAAGAUAUGAUAUUGGAUGACUUUUGCUACUUAUAUAAAUAAAUAUCAACCUUUUGCACAUUCUAUGUUUAAAAAAAUGAUUAUAUCUAUGUAAAUAAAGCAAUGAAAAAUUUACGCAUUUUGAGAAGUGAUCAGUA